AUGAAAAAAAAUUUAGAUGAUGAUGAUGAUAUUGAUCCAUGUUAAUUUAUAAAAAAUCUUGAUACAGGUGAUACAUAUAGUGUUAACAAUUUUGGAGAAUUAGAUAUUGAGUAUUCAUAAUAUACUACUGUUAAUCUAAAAAAAAACAGAUGGAAGAAUUUUUGGAAUAAAAUUGAAGAAAUAAAUGAAAAACUUUAUGAUGCUUGUGAAAAAGGGGAAGAAGAUGUAGUUAAUAUGCUUCUAAAGGAUCAAAAAGAUCUAAAAUUAUAGGUUUAAUAGUAAUUCAAAUCGACCACAAAUAGUAUGAUUGGAGAUGAUUAUUAAGAGUUUAUAGGACUUAUUAAUGUAGAUUGUAAAGGUUUAGAUGAUUGGACUGCUCUUCAUCAUGCUAUAAAUAAUAGAAGAACAAAGAUUGUUAAACUUUUAUUGGAAGCUAAAGCAAAUCCUAAUUUAUGUACAUAAAUGAAAAGAACACCUUUACAUUUGGCUUGUAUAAGAGGAUCACUAGAAAUAGUUGAAUUACUAAUUUAAUAUAAAGUAAAUGUGAAUUGUUAAGAUUCUGAUAAUAAUACACCCUUACAUAUUAGUGCAGAACUAAACCAAGUUAAAAUUGUAGAAUUUUUAGUCGCAAAUGAUGCUGAUGGUAAUAUAUUUAAAAUAAAUACUUUUAGCAUAGUUGAAGAACUCUCAUUAAAAAACAGCAUUUGAUGUUACAAUGUCGAAUGAAAUUAGAACAAUACUUUAAAAGUUUGUACCUGUAAUAGGAGGAUAUUAAUAAAGAUCAUAAUUUGGGGGUUUUGUUGUUAAGAAUUCACGAUCUGAUCAUAUUGAAAGAUUAUUAGGAAAAAUAAAUGAUUUAUAGAAAAUUGAAACCUUAAAACAGAAUCAAUAAUAAUAAUAAUAAUAAUAAUAAUAAUAAUAAUAAUAAUAAAUUAAUAAUUAAGAAAAUUUAAUAGAACCAAUAGUAUCUGCUCCCUUUUAAGAAAUUAGUGUGAAUGUAUCUAUAAAUUCAUUUAAUCUCAGGUAUGUUCCCCUGAUGGUUACAUCUUUCACAAAUUGUUAGGUAAAGGAAGUUUUGGAGAAGUAUAUUAUGCAACUAGAAAAUCUGAUGGAGAAGGUUUUGCUAUUAAAACAUUAUGUAAGGAAAGAGUAUUUUCAAAAAACUUAACUCGUUAUGCUCAAACUGAAAAGAAUGUGCUUAGUGUAAUGAGACAUCCAUUUAUUGUGAGAUUACAUGCUGCAUUUUAAAAUUCUUAAAAAUUAUUCAUGGUUUUGGAUUUUUGUCCAGGAGGAGAUUUAGGAUAAUUAUUAACAAAACAAGUUAAAUUAAGUGAAGAAAUUGCAAGAUUUUAUAUAUGCGAAAUUAUAUUAGCUUUAGAAUCACUACAUAAGAAUUGCAUUAUUUUUAGAGAUUUGAAACCUGAUAAUGUUGUUUUGGAUUCUAAAGGCCAUGCUAGAUUAACUGAUUUUGGAUUAUCAAAAGAAGGAAUUUAUGAUAAUAUUACAAAAAGUUUUUGUGGAUCAAUUGCAUAUUUAUCACCAGAAGUACUUAUGAAAAAAGGGCAUUCAAGAACUGUUGAUUGGUACCUUGUUGGUGUUUUAUUAUAUGAAAUGAUAGUUGGUUUACCACCUUAUUAUCAUUAAAAUAGGGAAUAAUUAUUUGAAAAUAUUAAGAAAGGAGUUUUAAAAAUUCCAAAAUAAAUGAGUUAGGAUGCAAGAGAUUUAAUUAAAGGAUUAUUAAUUAGAGACCCUGCAUAAAGACUUGGCUCAAAGAAUGAUGCAGAAGAUUUAAAAAGACAUCCUUUUUUUAAAGAUGUAAAUUGGGAUAACAUUUUAAAUAAAGUAGAAGAUGGUCCAUUUAUUGAAAGAGAUAGAUCUAAGUAAUGGGAAAAGGAUGUUAUUGAUGUAAAUUAAAUAUAUAUAUAUUAAUAGAUGAAAUUUGGAGAUUAACCAUAAUCGAACCCUAGAUUGGAUGAUUGGUCAUUCAUUUAAUGA